UAAAGUGAAAUGUGGUUGGUUCAAAUCUUCACUACCUCCCACUACAAUGGUGAGGAACGUUGGGUAAUGUUUUAGUUGUCCAGCAGAGGUGGAUUAGGUUCAGUUCUGCCCCCCUGUGGGUAAAGUAACUAGCGCAUGGGAGUUUGUAUACUGAAACCAAGGUUAGUCAUUAACCUUGUCUUCUCAGUCACUCAGGGCACCGAAGGAGGAGGACAGUACUCUUCCCAAGGCAUGCUGCCGCUCAGCCGCCACAUCUUACCAUGGGCGACUGUAACCACUGUACACACGAGCGAGCUCUAUCCGUAGAGGACGACAUUACUGUAGUGUUUCACAAAGUUGACAGCCAUGGCAAAAACAGCGGCGGCGCCGACGACCACGACGAGUGUGGCGAUGACGAACGAACGGCAGAGCGGAUUCAUUUGCAGAGUAACUGUCGAGUGUCGUGUGAUUACGAUGAUGAGGAUGGUGUUGAGGAGGAGGAAGCGCGAGGGAGCGAAAAUUCACCGGAAGGCAGCGAGAAGAAAACGCUUUGCCCGCCGGCGUUUUGCGUCAGGAGCAAGCCCGCAUCCCGAGAAGGAAGCGCACGUGAAGACACAGACAAACCAAAGGGAUGUCCAGGUGUUGGUUUGUUCUAUGCUUUCCUGUCCACAGUUUUCUUCUCCGUCAUUGCCCUCCUGGUGAAAACCAUUCAGGGAGUCCACGCCAUAGAAAUCAGCGCCAUACGCUGCUUCUUCCAGAUGCUCUUUAUUGUGCCGUUACUCAUCUACCACAAGACAGGUUUCCUUGGUCCCAGAGAUAAACGUAUAUAUCUGGUGCUUCGGGGUUUCAUUGGCUCCAAUGCCAUGAUCCUGCUCUUCUAUGCUGUUCAGCAGAUGCCGUUAGCAGAUGCUACUGUCAUCAUGUUCAGUAAUCCAGUCUUUACCUCGCUCCUGGCUUGGAUCUUCCUGAAGGAGAGAUGUACUAUCUGGGACUGUGUCUUCACUGUUUUUACCCUCACUGGAGUCAUCCUUAUCGCCAGACCACCAUUCCUCUUUGGCAAUCAAGUAGGUGGCAUUGAGGGCAACUACACCAACCACAUCAAGGGGACUAUUGCUGCAUUUGCAGGAGCGAUCGCUGCUGCCUUUACAUUUGUUGUCCUUCGCAAGAUGGGGAAGAGCGUUCAUUACUACCUCUCUGUUUGGUACUAUGCUGUCAUUGGUUUCAUCGAGUGCAUCAUCACAGUAUCCGUCCUCGGGGAGUGGAGAAUCCCGUUCUGUGGCCGCGAUCGUUGGAUGCUGAUGCUGAUCGCUGUCCUGGGUAUUGCUGGUCAGACCUUCCUGACAAAGGCCCUGCAGAUCGAGAAGGCCGGGCCCGUGGCCCUGAUGAGGACUGUGGAUGUUGUGCUGGCAUUCAUCUUCCAGUUUAUUUUCUUUAACCGUGCACCGACACUGUGGAGCCUCGGAGGGGCGCUGUGCGUAGUAGUGAGCACUAGUGGAGUAGCAGCCAGGAAGUGGUACACCAACUCUCGCAAGAGCUGAGCUGGAGAAGCAACACAGAAUACUUUAGUAUCACUAUUUAUUCUUUUUUUUCAGUAUCAUUUGUUGAUUUAUUCUGUAUUUUACUUGUUAUUUAAACACAAACACGAGGAGGAGGUUUAAGCUAUUUGGAGAGCAGAAAUAUAGAAGGGUAAUCUGGUAGGGGUUAGUUAUGAGCUUGUGAGAAUUUCAAAUUUGAAUGCUGUACAUCUAUACAUGUUGAUUCCUGAGAGUCAACUUGUGUAAUAUACUGUUAUGCAUUUAUAUUUUGUUUAAAUGAGCAAAUCUGUGAGGAACAUAAGAGGAAGGAAAAACUGUAGUCCCCCAAACUGUGUCUUGCUCCCUGGAGCCUACAAACUGCUUGCUCAUGAGCAGAUCCCUAUUUUCUCGUUAAUUAACACAGCAUGGGCUGAAAGUUGAAUUUUAACAUGAUGAAGUUCGAUGAAGGAUGUCCACAGUCCCAUUUUUCUUUAGCUUUAACCUGAACGAAAUAGCCAAAGACAGAGGUUUACUGUACUGGGACCAUUCAUACUGUGUCACAUAACAACAAUGAUAGUAGCCUAUAAAAAGUAUGCUAUGUAUUUCAGACGCACUAUAGAAUGAGUAUCUGCUAUAUAUAUAAUAAGCAGUAUAUGCACUAACAGCACUUAAACCCAUUGACUAUCCGUUUUCAACAUUGAUUAUAAGAAAAAUAUUUGAGUCAAAAAAUGUAGAAAAAUUGAAAAUAAAAUCCUAAAAUUGGCUUUCAAAGUAUUUACUUCAAUACACAGUAUUGCUGUAGGAUUCUCUCAGGGAUUUCCAUCUGUUUCUCAUCUAAAGCCCACAUUUGAAUGACACAUAAAUCCUACCCAAUGACUUUAUCCAUGAAAAAAAUUUCCAUAGUGAUAUAUAGAUUUUUUGAUUUGAUUUUUCUUACCGUAGCACAGUUUUUUCUAAUACGUUAAAAGAUAAUGGGCAAAUAUCUAUUACGAUCCAGUCCAUUGGUAAUCAUUUCUUAACAGUAUCUUUGAAGUGCCUUAAGUAAGGACCUUUAACCUACAGCUUCUCUUAGUGGAGCUGCUCAGUAACCAGCGGCUUGUACUGUGUAGUUCUUAGGUGUCAUUGUGCAUAUGAAGAUGAAGUAGGGCUCUCCUGAAAAACAAAAACAAAGCAACUCAGCAAGUAAUGAUUUUUAAAUGCUUGUUUGAAUUAAUCAAAGAUAAAGCAUUUUUUAAAUGAAGCACAUAAGAUGUGACUCUUAUAUCCCCUCCAAAGGUUGCACUGAUCUCCUCAUCAUCUCAGGAGGAGUCAACUCUGAUGGUGCCUAGCACUUAAUGUCAUCUUAGAACUAAAGCAUCUAAUUAGUGUUCUCAACAGUCUUAGAAACAUGUUUUCUCUUUUUAUCUAGGACAGGGAUGUGUGUUUGUUUCCUUAAUUCACUUCUUUAAUAAGUCAGCUAUAGAUUUACAGGUCCUACAGGGCACGGCACAAUUUAAAUAAAGCAAUCCUUUCCUUUCUGUGCUGGAGAAAGCACUAUCUUAGAUUGACCUGAGAGCUGAUUUGAACUUAAUUUCCAUGUAAUUUGCUGUGGUUUGAAAUUCAUCUCAACUGUGCACAAACAUUAUUCAAGAAGAAGUCAAAUUAUACUGAUUAGGACAACACUGAUAUGACAUUUUACUACCAAUAUUACCAGUUCCAGAGUUAUAAAUAAAAAAAUGUGUCAACUCUUACUAUUCUGGUCCUACUCAGUGGUUUUAAAGAGCAGAAUAUACUGUAGUAAAAUGGCUCAUAUUGGGUCAUUCCACAACAAGCCCCAGGAUAUAAUCAAUUCUUAAAGUGGUGAACAGUCAAAGUGUGAACUAUAGUAAAAUCAGCCUCCAACUUGUGAUACCAGUGUCAUAUUUUAGCUUGAAGAAUUUAUUUAGAGGCACUGUGACAUUUAUUAACUGUUGCUCAUACAGUAGCAUUAUACACUAACACAAUAUGGUCACUUCAGAUGUUCAGAGGCUAAUUUAGAAUUUUAUGUUCUUCUUGUUUGCUUUGACGUUGACUUUUAGUUCUCCAAAUUUUUUGUUUAGUUGACUUGAAUGCUGGUAGUGUACGCACAAUGUGUUGAAUUGCCAUCAAAUGGUUAGUCAACAUUUGUUUCAGGACCUAUAAGCCUUACAAAAGCUGUUUUUAGGAUUUUUAAACUAUGCUUUAAUAUUAUUUAUUUUACUAUUUCUGUACUGUAAUACAUCAACAUAUUCUAUAAGAUGUAUAUAUAUUUCUGCAUAGGGAUGGAUAAUAUUUAGUUUAUUAUGAUCCAAGAAUAAAUUCUGUAUGAAUUCAUAACUCAUGUUGUCUGUGGUCUUCAGAUCAUACUUGGUUUUCUAACAUGGCUGAAACACGUGGAACAGACCCAAACUGUGUAAAGGCAUGUUGUUACCCUGGCUCCACUAAGGAUUCAAUAGGUGACAAUGGUACAAACUAGGCUACCUUUUUACAAACCACUGAGUCAGGCAGCUGUUGACAGGAGGACUCAGAAUAAUACCUGGCUGAGUGGACUGUAGUCAUUGUGUGUGUGUGUGGGGGGGGGGUAUGCGCGUGCAGGUUAUUUGUCUCUGUGAGCACUACACACUACUAUUAUGCCUUUGUUUACUCUGUUUUUAUUUGCAAACAACAUUGUGAGGCAUUAUGUGUUUGUGCAGAAAAGGCUGUGUUGCGUGGUGUCACAGUGUCACCUAUAUCCAGCAAAACAAAGGCUUGUACCUUACAUAGAGGGCCAGCUGUGUUACAGCCCAUGUUAUAAACCUUCCUCCAGAUCAAGGCACUGUUUGCAGGGUAAUUCUUCAGCCGAGCUCUCAGCCAAGUGAAGUGUGAAAAAGCUGAACAAGAACAGAGCGGCUCUUUGUUGCAGGGUAGAAUAACUUAGGGCUAAAGGCGUCUUGUGUAAAAGGGUUUUCAAGCUCCCACCUUCAGUUUUAGUGAUCCGUAUUUCCCUCGACGUUCAGUUUCAACAAGCAAUGUGAUCACCAUCCAUUUCUUUAAAAUGCUAUCACCUAUACAAUACAGUAUACUGCCAUUAAGUGUCAGCACACACAUAAUAUAACAUACCCAAAUGAUUCAUUUUGUUAAGACUAUGUAUUAUUGGUAGAGUCAUUAGUAAUGAUGCUUCUAUUAUCAUCAGUACUAUCAUUAUCAUUAUUAUUAGUAUGACAUCAGGUCAUAAGUAACAGCAGUGUAACUGUAAUAGCUCCCCACACAUGUAAUGACCGCCUUCUGACAGCAGAGGGCAGGCUCCACAAAAAUAAGGACAAAGCAACUUCAUCCAGAACUUUCAAAGCUGUGAUAAGUGUAGUGUAUACUGUAGUAUGUAUUGUCCUGUGUUUCUUUUAUGUCCUAUGUAAAGCAUAUUGAAUGGCCUUGUUGAUGAAAAUAAUAAACUUGCCAUGGUAGUUUUUA